AUGGCUGCGGCUUUGACUCAGCAAAGCAAUGCCAUGAUGCAACAGCAUGAGGCGGCGAUGCAGCGCCAGGAAGCCUCUCUCGAGCAGCAGAACUUCAUGAUGCAGCAGAUGGAAGCUGCUAGGCAGGCUGCAGAGGAUGCUCAGAGGCAGCACGUGGAUGCUCUCCGUCAGUUAGGGGAGAAUGCUGCUGGUGCUCAGAUGUAUGGUCCUCAUCCCCAACCUCCACCCCCUGAAUGGAAUAUGGAGCGCAUCUUUGAUGCCAAGAGGUGCCCUGAUGAGAGCAGACUGGCUUUCACUGUCUACAUGCUCACUGGAGAGGCUGAGCAUUGGUGGGCUAGCAUGAAGCUGGUGAUGGAAGAGAAGCAUGAGGAUAUCACAUGGGAAGCCUUCAAGAGGAGGUUUCUUUCAGAGUACUUCCCUGAUAGCGUGAGGUACGCUAAGGAGGUUGAGUUCCUCCAGCUGACGCAGGGGAACAAGUCAGUAGCUGAGUACGCCGAGAGGUUCAAGCAUCUGGGGCGUUUUUACACCAUGCCGCUCGAUGAGGAGUGGCGUUGCAGGAAGUUUGAGAAUGGUCUCAGAGGAGAUAUCCGCCUGAUGAUAGCUCCACUGUCCAUUAAGGACUUUGCGGCCUUGGUGGAAAAGGCCAGGGUCAUUGAGCGAAUGAAGGUAGAGGUGGAAGCUCAGCAACAGCCACAUCAGAGAGUCAGUGGACCAUCUGGGUCCAGGCCGAGGGUUGAAGAGAAGAGGAAGCCUUAUGCUAGGCCUCAUCCACAGCCACAGGGGUCUAGAGGCUUUUCUUCCCCGCCCAGCAGGAUUCAGUGCUAUCAUUGCGGAGGGCCGCAUGGGAAGAAUUUCUGCCCGCAGCUAUCAGGUUUCCGCAGGUGCAACCAUUGUGGCAGAGAGGGCCACUUUGGUAGGGAUUGCCCCACUCUGAGGAGGACAGUUGCACGACCUUCACCACACACUCUGAGUCAGAGUUCAGGCCAAACUCAGCAGAAAGGAGGAGGCAGCAGGCCUCAGGCUACAGGCAGGGUCUUUGCGAUGACCGGGUCAGAGGCAGCAGGUUCAGGUAACCUUGUUAUUGGUUGUUGUGUAAUAUCUGGCAAGUCUUGUUGUGUGCUUUUUGAUUCCGGGGCGACACACUCUUUUGUGUCAGAGUCUUGUGUGCGGGAGUUGAGUCUGCCGGUGUGUGAGCUACAGUUUGAUCUCGUGGUAUCUACUCCGGCAUCUGGGUUGGUUAGGACUUCUUCGGUGUGUGCUAGAUGUCCAGUUGAGGUAGAGGGACGCGUAUACAAAGUCAACCUCAUAUGUCUCCCUCUGCAAGGACUAGAUGUGAUCUUGGGAAUGGAUUGA